AUGUUAAGAUAUACAUUUCGAGAUAUGAACGAUUAUCCACAGUUGCAAACAAUGCAAACCAACGAUCUUCCUGUAUAUACAAUAGAAACAGAAGUUCCACUCAAUAAUCAACAAAUAAAUUAUCGUCAACCUAAAUCCAGCAGAAAUGUUCGUAUACAAACAAAAUUAACUGCAAAAAGACUUGAUGAUGAACCGGAAAAUUUUGAAGAGUACAUACGGACUAAAAAUAUUGGCAUACAAACAGCAUCUACAGAUAUUGUCUUGGAUGAUAACGUAGAGAACAGACGUAAAUAUUCAGGAAAUCAAAGACGCAAUAUCAAGAAUAGUUCAACAGAUGAAAAUCUUACUCAAGAAGUAACACGUAAUGAAAGACAAAUAGUGAGAUUAGUAGAAGAUUCUGAUAUUGACGGAAAUGAAUCUAAUCAACAAGAAAAACAAAUUACAGAAAAUAUUACUAAAGAUAUCAGUAAAAGUGAUGGAGCAGAACUAAGUCCUAUUGCAGGAUAUUCUGAAGAACCUUUAUUACCACUUGCACAAGCAUGUGCUCCAUUGGCUGAUAUCUUUCAUAAUUUAUCAUUCUAUGUUGAAUUAGCAUUAACAGAAACUCCUGAACAACCACCUGAUGGAUUAUCAAUUGAUGAAAGUGCUGCAAUUCGUCUUUAUACAAUUGAAUGGGAUAGACCUCAUCGAAGUCUCUAUUCAUUACUCAAUUUUAAUCUUAAAAAUAAUGAUCGUGAAGCACUUCUACCUUACUUCAGGUAUCUCAAAUUAUUCUUAACUGCUCUUGUUAAAUUACCAUGUGUUCCACCAUUAACUGUAUGGCGAGGAGUAACUAAAAAUUUAAGUGCUGAAUUUCCACCUGGUACUGCUUUGACUUGGUGGGCAUUUUCAUCAUGUACAACUGAAAUGACUGUACUUGAAAAUAAUAUGUAUUUGGGUCAAGAAGGUGAUCGAACACUUUUUUCUGUAGAAGCUAUGAAUGGUCGAACAAUAAAAGCUCAUUCGCAUUUCAUUACUGAAGAUGAAAUUGUUCUUAUGUCAGGUACUCAUAUGGUUGUUCAAUCACAACUUAGUCCAGCAGCUAAUUUAUAUAUUAUUCAUUUAAAACAAGUCGAACCAGAAAUAAUCACACUUGAACGACCAUUUGAAGGUGCACAUAUUUAUCCAAAAAUUAAACGUCCAUUUUAUCGAAAGAAACGAUUUAUGAUUCCAACGUGUUUAUUGCUUACUCUUUGUAUUGCUGGUGUUAUUAUUGGUGUAAUUUUAGGAACAAAACCAAUAAAAUAUGUAUGCGAGACUCCAUUUCAAUCACCUGAGUCUCUUGAUACUGGAUCCUAUCCAUCUUCUUCGGUAUUGGAUUACUUUGACAAUGAUACAUAUCUUGAUAUGGCAAUCGCUAACUCAAAAGAAAAUAGUGUGACUUUACUACUAGGUGGUGAUAAGGAGAACAUUUUUCGAAAUACACGACCUUCUACUGGUGCUAAACCAUCUAGUAUGAUAUCAGUUGAUUUGAAUAACGAUAAGAAAAUAGAUUUGGUAGUGACUAAUACAGAUGACGAUACAGUCAGCGUUCUACUAGGGUUGGGUAAUGGUCUAUUUCUAACUGCAGUUCCUUAUAAUGUUGAUCAAGGUCCAAACUGUGUAACAUCUGCGGACUUUAAUAAUGAUAAUCAACUGGAUUUAGCAGUAACAAAUCAAGAUGACUCUUCUGUUAGUUUACUUUUUAAUAAUGGCAAUGGACUAUUUCUACAUAUUACCUCCGUUCCAGUUUAUGCGUCCCCAUCCGUAAUAGUAGCUAAUGAUUUCAAUGGCGAUGGCAAAAUGGAUUUGGCAGUAUCAUAUAGUUUGGAUUCUUACAUUGAUGUGCUAUUUGGCACCGAAAAUGGAACUUUUACUACAGUUUAUUAUGUUACUGGUUUCUAUCCAACUUCUAUGGUAUUAGUUGAUUUAAAUAAUGACAAAAAAAUGGAUUUGGCAGCGGCCAAUAGUUAUGCUGGCACUCUUACUAUACUGCUUAACAAUGGAGUUGGAAAUUUUACUAAGUCCACUGUUGAUUUCAAUGGCUAUUACUUAACGUCUUUGACAGCAGGUGAUUUCAACAGUGACAAUAAAACAGAUUUAGCAGUAGCGAAUGCUGGUGAGUACAGUAUCACUGUACUUCUUGGGAACAAUGACGGAACUUUUCAGUCUAGCAUCGAGUACCCACUUAAUAAUUUUGCACUACACAUUAUUGCAGCUGAUUUCAACAAUGAUAACAAAAUAGAUUUGGCAACAGUAAACGAUGACCAAACAGCUAGUGUGGCAUUUGGCAUUGGAAAUGGUUCUUUUACCAAUAGAACUGAUUAUGUCAUUGGUGAAUCUUCGAACUGGCUAAUAUCAUAUGAUUUCAAUAGUGAUAAUAAUCAAGAUGUUGCAUUGAGUGCUCGAGAUAGUAACAAUAUUAUUGUGUUACUUGGUGAUGGAAAUGCUCAUUUUGAAGUUCCACUAAACUAUACAGUUGGUGCCAAUCCCGUUCAUGUCUUAUCAGCUGAUUUUAAUAAUGAUACUAAAAAAGAUUUAUUAGUAGUUAAUCAAAAUGACAGCACAAUCAAUGUACUCUUUGGGCAUGGAAAUGGAUCUUUUGAUACUCCAAUCAUCUACACAGUUGGCAAAUCACCCUCGUAUGCAUUUUCAGCAGAUUUCAAUUCUGAUAAUAUUUUUGAUAUAGCAGUUGCAAAUUCUGGGGAUUCUACCAUUAGUGUACUUUUUGGAAAGAUAAACGGAACUUUUGAAAUUCAAAAUACAUAUCAACUUGAAGGAUCUCCGACAUGUAUCAUAGCCGCUGAUCUAAAUAAGGAUGGAAAACAAGAUUUAAUAGUGACAAAUAACGGUAGCAAUACAAUUAGUACAUUUUUUAAUAAUGGAAGUGGAAAUUUCAUAUAUUCAAAUGAUUAUAAUGUUGGUAAACAACCGUCUUCUAUAGCAGCUGCUGACUUUAAUAAAGACCAAAAUAUUGAUUUAGUAGUUACGAACUUUGAUUCUACUACUAUCAGUGUGCUUCUCAAUAAGGGCAAUGGAAGUUUUGGUAUUACAAGAAAUUUUACAGUUGGAAGAACUCCAUAUCGUGUAUCAGCAAAUGAUAUUAAUAAAGAUGGAAAUAUAGAUUUAGUAGUGAGUGUUCAUUAUCAUAUUCCACAUAUUAAUCCAUUUAAUUUAGAUGAUAUUCCAACAGAAUAUCGUUCUAUGUUAGCAAUAAAUUAUCCAUCUAGUACUGAUGAUGAUCUUGAUGGAUAG